AUGUCGACGCAAAUUAAGACGGAGAAGGGAAGUCAGAGCCUUGCAAUGAGUUGUGGUAUUUGCGGGCGAUCGUUCAACAGCUGGCAGGCAUGUCAUCAGCAUAUGGAUGCCACCGGUCACGGCUACGAAUGCGAGACGUGCGUCCACGAGUUCUAUACCUACGACAGUGCGUGCGAUCACAUGUACGAGUACGACCAUUGGCGCAAACAGUUCGAAUGUGAAGGCUGUUCUUCCAGCUUCGACACCCGCGCUGAAGCGAAGAGACACAUGCAGCAAGAAGACCAUUGGCGGACCUACCGAUGCCAAUCCUGCGACAGAGGCUUCGAGAAUGAGAACAACCUGCGACAACAUCUAAAUAGUAACACCCACCGCGGCACCGACAUCACCUGCCCAUUCUGCAAACGAAGCUUUGCAACCGCAACGGGCGUAGCUCAUCAUCUUGAAGCUGGCUCAUGUCGGAAUGCCCGCUCGCUAAACCGCGACACCAUCUUGACUGAGAUCUGGCGCCGCGAUCCCUCCCACCUCAUCACCAAGAAACUCCUCACCUACCACUCCGAGCCUUCACUGACUGCCACCUCUGCAUCGUGGAAUCCCUACAUUGGCAAGUACGAAUGCUACCUCUGCCACAAGGCCUUCAGCGAACUACAUAGCUUAAACAGCCAUGUCAACUCACCUGCCCACAAGGAUAACGUGUAUCACUGCCCAGGCCAGACGUGCCGUAAGGAGUUCCGUGCACUUGCUGCGCUGUUCAAUCAUCUCGAGAGCGAGACUUGUGGGGCUGUGAGGUUUGAUGCUGUGCAGAGGAACGUUGGGGGCAUUUUGAGCGGCCAGAGGAGGAUUUGUCUUGUCUGA